CGCCUAUCGGCUCCAACACGAGCCAAACAACCCUACGUGUCAGUCUCAUGCGUCGGUGUAAAUACAGAGUUUUUUAAGUUCGCGGCGUGCCAAUCUCGCGAAAUCUUGCAGCAGCAGCAGCAACAACAGCAGCUCCUGCCCCAUUCGAAUCCCGCAGCUCGCCGCGUGUCGAUCGAAAAGCCACGGGGCGCAACGAUUGUAGCGAUAACUCCAACGCGACAGCAACAUCAGCUGGAUCUGCCGGAGGAAAAGUGCAGGGGAAAGCGGCGGCAGAGAAAGGAAAGGAACGGAGCCAAAAGGCAGUGCCAGACAAAACACAAAAUACAAAAAAUACAAGAUACGUAUAGUCGCUGUCGGAGAUGGCGGGUCAAAAGUUUCAGUAUGAUGAGAGCGGCGGAACGUUCUACUACUUUGUGUUAUCGUUCUUGGCGCUAAUAUUGAUACCGACCACCAUUUACUAUUGGCCACGUAAAAAGAAAGAAGAUAACAGCAAGCUUAAAGAGGAAUGUCAGUGCGCCGACUGCCAGAAAAAGAAGACCAUCUUGGCCAAUGCCGAGCCGUACAGAGCUCUCACGUCAUGGACCAUCAAGCUGACCAUUGUGCUGGGGUGGGCACUGCUGCUCUUCCUCACGUACCGCGUCUCGCAGUUCGACUACGAGAUGGCCAGCUUCGAUCCCUUCGAGAUCCUGAAUGUGCCGCCGACGUCGUCGCAGGCCGAGAUCAAGAAGGCCUACUACCGGCUGUCCAAGGUGCUGCAUCCCGACAAGGAGACGGGUGACGAGAAGUCCUUUAUGAUGCUGAGCAAAGCGUACCAGGCGCUUACCGACGAUGUGGCCAAGGAGAACUACGAGAAAUAUGGUAAUCCAGAUGGUCCGGGUGCCAUGUCCUUUGGCAUCGCCCUGCCCUCGUGGAUUGUGGAGAAGGAGAAUAGCGUUUGGGUUUUGGGUCUGUACGGCCUGGUCUUCAUGGUGGCCAUGCCCUCGGCAGUGGGUGUUUGGUGGUACCGCUCAAUCCGCUUCAGUGGCGACAAGGUGCUGCUCGAUACCACUCAGAUGUACUUCUACUUUAUCCACAAGACACCGCACAUGCUGCUUAAGCGGGCACUUAUGGUGCUGGCAGCCAGUUUGGAGUUUGACAAGCGACACAACUCGCAGGUCCAGGAGCGGCAGUCGGACAAUGACGAGGUGCCGGCGCUAAUUAGGCAGCUGCCCAAUCUGAAUGAGAAGUGCAAGGAGCAUCCGCUGUGCCGCAUGUACUCCAUCAAGGCUCGCGCCAUCCUGCAUGCCCAUCUCAGUCGGAUGCCCCUCAAUCCGGAAACCCUGGAGCGCGAUCGCCAGUUUGUGGUGAAGAAGUGUCCGUAUUUGGUUCAAGAAAUGGUCUCCUGCGUCCACCAGCUGGUCAUGAUGGCCUAUGCCCGACGUGUGCCCCGCCUGCCCAGCAUCGAAACGAUUGAGAACUGCAUGAAGAUGUCGCCGAUGAUUAUCCAAGGCCUGUGGGAGUUCAAAUCGCCACUGCUGCAGCUGCCCCACCUUACCGAGGACCAUCUGUACUUCAUGAACAAGAAGAGGCACGUCAAGAACCUGCAGCAAUUCGCCCAGCUCAAGGCGGAUGAGAGCCGUCAGCUUCUGAAGAACCUAUCUGACUUUGAGUACGAGAACACGAUGAAAGUGCUGGGCAAGAUGCCGCUGAUUGACUUCUCCAUUCGCUGCGAGGUUAUCGACGAUGAGAACACCAAUGUGGUGACCGCCGGGGCCAUAGUUACGGUCACGGUUACGCUGGAGCGCAAGGACAUGAAGACGCUGUUCGGUGACACAAAGGCGCCUGAGAAGCAGGGCAUCAAGGAUGAGACCAACGAGGAGGCUGCCGGUGAUGAGGAUGAGACUGCUGCCGCUGCGCCGGUCAAGAAGGCUUCAGCCUGGGCCAAGCCACGUAAGGGUGGCAAGGGAAAGGGAGGUAAGAAACCAGCCCAGAACCAAAAGAACCAGAAGAAGGUGCCGGCCAAGGCUGCGGCCACAGCUACGACCACGGCAUCCGAGGAUCAAGCGGCGGCGGGUAACUCUGAUGCCGAAUCGGAGGCUGGAAAUGCGGAGGGCAGCGAUGUGGAAUCGGCUGCCGGCAGUGGCAGCGAGGAUGAGGAGAAGGGCAAGAACAACUCCUCGCUGGACGACGACGAUGACGAGGAGUGGGAGCGACUGCAAGCUAAGCUUAACAAGAGGGAGCGUCUCGAGGGCAAGUCUCGGCUGUCGCACACCGUCCACUGCCCCUACUUCCCCGAGGAGAAGCAGGAGUACUGGUGGACCUACAUAUGCGACCGCAAGUCCCGCACCCUGCUCACGGCGCCCUAUCACGUGACCAAUCUGGUCGAGAAGGAGGAGAUCCAGCUGAAGUUCACCGCGCCGCGCUGGCCGGGCGUCUACACGUUCACCGUUUGCCUGAGAUCGGACUCGUAUUUGGGUAUGGAUCAGCAGCAGGAGCUGAAGCUGGAUGUACAAAAGGCGCCCGCACCACCGACGGAUCAUCCUCAGUGGGAUCUGAGCGAAUCGGAGCCGGAGCACACCGAUCAGCAGGAGAACCUGAGCGACUACACCACAGAUACGUCCGAUGAGGAGGACAGCGACUAAAUCUACUGUCUAGAUGGACAGUGCGACGGAAGGACGGAUGGAUGGAUGGACGUCCCGAACCCCAAUCAACCUCAACCGCCUCUCUAAUUCACUGGGACGGAAGAGAAGCCUCUUUGUUUUCCUUUUAGUAAAUGAGUUUCGCGUGGCGCGUGGCGGAGGCACACCAAUGCGACCCUUCCUUCGCAUUUUUACUAGUUUUGUAAUGGAAAAGUCCCCGAACUAGUGCGUAAAUAACUAUAACUUCAUUUUACCGUGUACUGUACUAAACAUAAUUAUAAUGUACUGUAUAUUUAAUUAUUUGGAUACAAGAACUAAAAGUGAGACACGUAAAUACAAAAGUCUAUUGAUAUUA